AUUGUGGCUGAAUAAUGGGGCGGGGCAGCUGUACUGUAUAUAAUACUUCCUGAUUGGUUUCAGGAUGGUAAUCUCUUUCUCAUUAAUUCUCUGUCCCGGAAUUGGUCUCCUGCAAAGUUGAAUCCUCACCGCUUCAUACCAUCUCUAUCAUGCAACAACAAUGGACGGGGAGACUCUCGUAAUGGCAAAAAGCAAUGAAAACCAAGGUUUGAUCCGAAUAACGAUCAUCCUUGUUAUAAUUAGUUUGAUGGUAUCUACAAUCGCCAUCAUCUUGUCUGCUACAAGUCUUUCCAGAGAAGGGACAACCAUCAAUGUUGGUGAUGCCGGUUCCACCACAGGAAGCUCUGCAGGCAAGCUUGCUGAUGACGUGUGGACGUUUGCUAUAGGUCAUGAUGGAUCAAACGUUGAGUACUUUGAUCAGACUAGUGGAACGCUUCGUGGGUUUCAUGUCGACAUUGUCAAUGCAGUUUGCGCCCAAGCUAACAAGAAUUGCCGUUUGAUAUGGGAUGUUUACAGCAAUUGUUGGGAUUCACAAGCUGGUCAGUUAGCACGGGGUGGAAACGGUCUUAUGGGCGGAUGGUAUGACGCAUGCACAGGAUGGUUUAAUACGUACGAACGGGCUUUAACUUUUAAGUUCACCAAUCCCAUUCGUAAGAAAUUCAACGGACAAUUCUUCGUUAAAGAAGGAAACCCAAACAGCUUUAAUCCUACAUCUAUUGGUUCUACCCAGAAGAUUGGAUUCGGAGACGGUUGGUCAACUGAUGAACACUGUCUUGGAAGAAACUCGGAUACUAUUUCGGGUGUGCCCCUUGACCCCUCCCAGGUGGUUCACUAUGGCGACAGAAAUCAAUUGAUAGAAGCAGUUAAUAAUAAUGAGGUAGUGGCUGUAUUCACCAAUGCCCAUACACUAUUUAACAGUGGGCUUCAACAGGUUGGACCAACCAUAACUAAUUGUCAACGAGCAGGUGGAUCCAUUAUGACUCCUAUGCAGAGUACACUGCCUGACUGGUGGAACCCAGCCUUUGACGCUCUUAAACAGAGUGGAGCCUAUAAGGAUAUCUGCGCCAAGUUAGAUAGCGAACAUGGAUCUCAACGUGGAUUUGGUGGAGAUGUCGUGUGCCUUGACUAAUAACAAUGUCGACAGCAGCCAGCUUAAAUCAAGAUUUAGUGACAUCAUCGACUUCUCAAGAAGUUCAUAAGCCCAACUUUUAAGCGUUUUCUUGUAUAGUUUAUUUUUAUGAAGGAUGAUUUUUAAUCAAUUUUCUUGUAAAGUUAAAUUUUACGAAGUUUUAUUCUAUUUCGUAAGGUAGUCUUUCGGAGGAGACUCUAAGCCGUCGGUCCCGUGUAAAGGAGAGUCACACCAUUUGCACGUUAAAAAACCUACUCCUCUUUUCGUAAAGAGUAGGGAAGUUAUCCCGGGAAGUAGUUAACGUAUUAAUUUAUUACUGAUAAUUACUAAUUUAUAAUCCUGUUCCUUUGUAAAGUUGCAUUAGGGUAAUUUGUACUGUAUUAUAGUAACCUUUCCAGAUUAACUGUCCGACACUUAUAUGACACGCAUGUGUUGAUAGUGUCGUUAAUUUUUUAUCAAUCAAUCAAUCUAUUUCAUAAGGAUACAUAAAACAUUUCAUUUUCUGACUAUUUUCAUUUGGUAAAAGAAGCCCAAAUGAUAUCCAUUAUUGCAUACCAGCCAAAUUAAAAAAAAUCCUGCAGCACCUUCAGCACCCCCCACAAUCUUAAACCAACGUAGGUAGCAAUAAUGAUUGAGGUGAUUAUGAUUAUCUUAAUAUUUAAGUUGCCAGAAGGAACGAUUAUUGGUGCUGACGAGGCAAUAUAUUUUUAUUGUUUCAAAUGAUAACAAAGUGGUUCUUUUUUACAUGUUUUGUAUUGACGAAUCUACUGAUGACGUUUGUUAAUUUAACCACCAGACAAAUGUUGCUAAUUGUUGUAAUAAACCAGUUUGAUUUGGAAUUCAUUGCUUAGAAUCUUAUUUAUGGAAUUAACUGACAAACGAUAUAUUGUCCAAUAAAAGAUCAUUCGCGGCCAUGAAGCAGAAGUAUUAACUAUACUUUACAUUGUAAAAUCACGUCAAGGGAAAUGGGGCGGCCAACCGCUCCCUAUACGACUUUUCAAUUCGUCGGGAAAAAAGUGAAGAGGGAGAAAAGAGAAAGAAAGGAAUUUAAAGGAGGGGCCUGUAACUGUUUUAAAAUCCCCAUUGUUCAAAUUAAAAAUGUCUUCACCCUUUCGAAAUAUUCUGGGACCGCCCCGAGGUGUACAUCGUCAAUUUCAUAUGCAUUCAAUCCAUUUGGGGUUUCAAGUUGUUUGCUUUAUUUUCUAAUCAUGUUUAGUAAGGGGAGUAAAUCUCACAUUUUCAAAAUGAAUACAUGGAAGCCUGUUAUGAAAUUCUAUGAAAGUUCACUAUGGAAUCACUCAAAAAUUUUGUUUAAAUUGCUCAAUGUCGAUUUUUUGGGGAAAAAUAUACCUUUAUAAGGUCAGAAGACAGUAUUCGAAUUUACAUUAUGAUGGAAACAUAUGUAUUUCAGCAACAACAGACACGAAAUUGGGGAUUAAAGCAUGUCGAAUAAACAUAUCUUUAAAUUUUAUUCCAGAAGAGUUUUUAUACCAAAAAUAGAAAACAAAUGAUUAAUAUAGUUUGUAAACACAUGAGCACCAUAAAUUGAUGAAAAUCUAGUAAGAUUAUUUCAUAAAUUUUGCAAACACACAACACAUUUUAAACCCCGUAAGAAGAAUAAUUGUUCAAACGUAUUUUGUAGAUAUAGAUUUAUAUAUUUUUUUAUAUAAGUAAUACAAACUCUAAACAUUUCUAUAUCGAAAUAAACAUAAUGAAAUCAUUAUAAGCUGAUAUCAAACGGAAUAAUAUAGUAUGACUGUUCAAAAGGCCACUACAAUGCAAUUUAUGAGAUAAAAUGUCGUUCAUUAAUAAUUAUUAUUAAGCAUCAAAAUAAUAGUAAAUUGUGAAUAAUUCGAGUUCAGAUGGUGUGUAUUGUUGGUAUACUUAAAAUAAACAUACUCUCUUUCGAUUUAAUCAAUUUCGAUAAUUGUACAUUCUCUGAGAAUAAGACAUUUUACAGGAAAAAAUGUACUAAAUGUGUAAAUGUAUUUUAUACUCCUGUAUAUUCACAUUUAAGUAUUAAAAGCCAACUACUCCCAAAAUAAUGCUUAAUUUAUAUACAAUCACAUGAAUGAAUUCAUACAUAACGGGCAAGUACUUACAUUCCUCGAUAUUUAAUUUUGAUUUUAAGAUUCAAACGUAGAAUAUUCCGAUCUCCAGACAUGCGUGUCUAUGUUAGCGAACCUAUAUCAAAUAAUGCAUUCUUUGAUUUAGUCGAAUCAUUAUUAAACAAUUUAUUUGGUAAAAGAAUUUGAUAUCUUUAUCGCCAACAAAUUUCAACUUUGCAUGCAUUAAAGUCACUUAAACAUAUUCAUAGUUGAUAUUGGUAAACCAUGACUGAA